AUGAAAGGCGGAGGCGGUGGAGGAGGAGUUGGUGGUGGUGGUGGCGGAGGAGGAGGAAAACGACGGUGGAAAGUUCUGGUUAUUGGAGUUUUGGUACUUGUGAUUCUCUCUAUGCUUGUUCCUCUUGCUUUCUUGCUCGGUCUUCACAAUGGCUUUCACUCUCCUGGAUUUGUCACUGUUCAACCGGCUUCUUCUUUUGAGAGCUUUACCAGAAUCAAUGCUACCAAACAUACUCAGAGAGAUGUAUCCGAACGGGUCGAUGAGGUUCUUCAAAAAAUCAAUCCAGUGCUUCCAAAGAAAAGCGACAUGAACGUGGGUUCCAGGGAUAUGAAUAGGACAAGCGGCAGUGUAUCUAAAAAAAGAGGAUUACCAGUGUCCCCAACUGUUGUUGCCAACCCAAGCCCUGCAAAUAAAACAAAAACUGAAGCCACAUAUAAAGGUGUUCAGCGGACAAUAGCGAGUGCUGAUGAAAGUUGGAGAACUUGUGAAAUGAAAUAUGGGAGCUACUGCCUCUGGAGGGAGGAAAAUAAGGAACCGAUGAAAGAUGCUAAGGUGAAGCAAAUGAAGGACCAGCUAUUUGUUGCUAGGGCAUACUAUCCAAGUAUUGCUAAAAUGCCUUCUCAAGACAAGUUGACUCGGGAUAUGAAACAGAAUAUUCAAGAGUUUGAGCGUAUUCUUAUUGUAAGUUCACAAGAUGCUGACCUUCCACCACAGGUUGAGAAAAAGUUGCAGAAGAUGGAAGCUGUAAUUGCAAAGGCAAAGUCAUUUCCAGUCGACUGUAACAAUGUUGACAAGAAAUUGAGACAGAUCCUUGAUUUGACAGAGGAUGAAACUAGUUUCCACAUGAAACAGAGCGUGUUCCUCUACCAGCUUGCAGUACAUACAAUGCCUAAGAGUCUUCAUUGCUUGUCAAUGAGACUAACUGUGGAACAUUUCAAGUCAGCUUCACUAGAGGAUCCUAUUAGUGAGAGAUUUUCAGAUCCCUCAUUGCUUCACUUUGUUAUCAUCUCCGAUAAUAUACUUGCGUCGUCUGUUGUGAUCAACUCAACGGUUUUACACGCAAGGGACAGUAAAAACUUAGUUUUCCAUGUACUGACAGACGAGCAGAAUUACUUUGCAAUGAAACAAUGGUUUGUUAGGAAUCCCUGCAAACAAUCAACUAUUCAAGUAUUGAACAUUGAAAAACUCGAGCUGGAUGAUUCUGAGAUGAAAUUGUCUUUGCCUGCGGAGUUUCGUGUUUCCCAACAGAAUAGAACACACUAUUUAUCCCUUUUCUCUCAAUCUCACUAUCUGCUUCCCAAAUUAUUUGACAAAUUGGAGAAGGUUGUGAUUCUGGAUGAUGACGUUGUAGUCCAGCGAGAUUUGUCUCCCCUUUGGGACCUUGAUAUGGAAGGGAAAGUGAAUGGCGCUGUGAAGUCGUGCACUGUGAGAUUGGGUCAGCUAAAGAGUCUCAAGAGAAGAGGAAGUUUUGAUACCAAUGCUUGCCUCUGGAUGUCUGGUUUGAAUGUUGUUGAUCUUGCUAGAUGGAGGGAAUUAGGUGUUUCAGAAACCUACCAGAAAUUUUACAAAGAGCAGAUGAGUGGUGGAGAUGAGUCGAGUGAAGCAAUAGCAUUGCAGGCAAGCUUGCUUACAUUUCAAGACCAAGUUUAUGCUCUAGACGACAAAUGGGCACUAUCAGGUCUUGGUUAUGACCACUACGUCAAUGCCCAAGCCAUAAAAAACGCUGGCGUAUUGCACUAUAACGGGAACAUGAAGCCGUGGCUUGAGGUGGGAAUCCCAAAGUACAAAAACUAUUGGAGAAAGCAUCUGAAUCGGGAAGAUCGGUUCUUGAGUGAAUGUAACGUGAAUCCUUGAUGAGUAAGUAGUUUUACACACGGCCAAUGCUUUAGAAGCAAGGUCACACGCAAAGAAAAGAUUUUAGAGUGCAACAUCUCAUAUUUUUGGGUCAAUAAACCCGAAGGCAUUGCAGGAGAAAUGCUGAAGGGGAAAGAGCAAGCAGAAGCAAAUACCAAAUUGAUUUUAAGAGACGUGAUGACGGUGAUUCGAAAAGCUUUGAUAUGAUUAAAAAAAAAAGAGAGAGCAUGUGAAGAACUUUGAUAUGUUGUAUAUGAUUUUUUGCUAAGAGAUGUGCCAUUCUAUUCUUUUCCUCUGCGUUAUUUUCCAAUUUGUCAUUGUAGUUUCUGUUUUAUUCUUUACUUUUUGUGACGUACCAGAAUAGAAGGCGAUAAGAGUUUUUAUCUA